UCAAGAUCAAAAGCUUUUGCACAGCAAAGGAAACAGUUAACAAAUCCUCUUUGCUCUUUUAAAAGGUAAUUUAUGGAGAUUAAUGGACAUUAAGUAUGCAAGUGUAUGUGUGUGAGGGAAACAGUGGGUAUGUGACAGUUUCCAGACUAGGAUGUCUUCUGUCUGCAGGUGUCCAGUGUGAGGUGCAGCUGGUGGAGUCUGGAAGAGACCUGGUGAAGCCUGGGGGGAUCCCUGAGACUCUCUGUGCAGCCUCCGGAUUCACCUUCAGUAGCUACUUUAUGAACUGGGUCCGCCAGACUCCAAGGAAGGGGCUGCAGAGGGUCGCAGAUAUUAGCAAUGAUGGAAGUAGCACAAGCUACACAGACUUUGUGAAGGGUCGAUUCACCAUCCCCAGAAACAAUGGCAAGAAAAUGCUGUAUCUGCAGAUGAACAGCCUGAGAGCUGAGGACACAGCUGUGUAUUACUGUGUGAGAGACACAGGGAGGGGACCUCAGUGUGAGCCCAGAGACAAACCUCACUGUAGGACGGGAUCUGGACCACCAGGGGGUGCACAACACUCACUAAUUCUAUCUUUAGAAUUUAACCAGGAGCAGCUGCAGAUGGUGGUUAUGAGCAGGUUUCCUGUCAGGGUCUGGGGCUUCCUCUCCAUAGAGCAGUUUCCCCGCAGGAAGCCUCUCUGGACACAUGAUUCUGUGCUUACUUCUUCACCCUCUGACUUAGAAAAUUUGUUCUAA